AUGGGAGACGUGACUACGACGACGUCGACGACUAUAAGCCAACCGUCCACACUGUCGGGACACGCUUUGGUCACCUUGGAUAAGAUCGAUACGAGCAAUACGGCUGGUUUUGUGAAGACUGUAAUCGGUGGAACAUCGCUCGCCACACUUCUUCUGGGUAUUCGAAGUGCCUGGAAGCACUCAAGACAGCCAGAAGCCGCUGAUUUAGCCGCUGCUCAGCUCUUCUCCGGAGCUGCAUUCGCUGGAAAGGCGCUCGGCGUGGCUACAGUAAUCACCGUAUCCGGAUUCACAUUGCUCAUCGUUGGGGUGUCUGCACUGCUCCAAGUGAACACUCCUCGCCAGUUUGGCGCUGCGAUGAAAACGGCGUUUGGCGAUUCGAUUCGAUUGCCACAGAGCGCAAAUUCACAGACAUUUGAGGAGUUUAUUAAAAGUAUCGAAACGAAGACGGGUGUCACUGAAGAGGAGCAGAAAAACGGGGGGAAAUUGUCAGAAAAUUGA